GACUAUAAAUAGCCCUCUUCUCUCAGGCAAUGCCCAAACUCACCAAUCUAAACACUUUUUGAGAUCUAUGAGAGCCAUGGGAGUGCCAAAGAGAGAAGUUGCCAUUUCCUUGGCCCUCACCAUUUUCUCACUCAUGGCUUUAUCAGAUGCUUUCGAUUCCUUUUGGUUCGUCCAACAAUGGCCACCUGCAGUUUGUAGUUUCCAAAAAUCAGGUAGCUGUCCCGGAAGUGGGUUGCGAACGUUCACAAUACAUGGUUUGUGGCCCCAACAAAGUGGCACCUCCUUGACGAAUUGUCCGGGCUCUCCAUUUGAUAUCACUAAGAUUUCCCAUCUACAGUCCCAAUUGAACACACUUUGGCCCAACGUGCUUAGAGCAAACAAUCAACAAUUUUGGAGUCAUGAGUGGACGAAACAUGGAACAUGCUCUGAGAGUACAUUCAACCAAGCUGCAUAUUUCAAGUUGGCUGUGGACAUGAGGAAUAAUUACGACAUUAUUGGAGCCCUAAGGCCUCAUGCAGCAGGACCAAAUGGGCGCACCAAGUCAAGGCAAGCAAUAAAAGGGUUCCUAAAAGCAAAGUUUGGGAAGUUUCCUGGUUUACGUUGUAGAACAGACCCACAAACAAAAGUGUCUUACUUGGUUGAAGUGGUGGCGUGCUUUGCUCAGGAUGGCUCCACUCUUAUCGACUGUACUCGUGAUACUUGUGGUGCCAACUUCAUCUUUUGAUGGGCAAGAAAAAUAAAUAUGACUACAAAAAGCUUAGAAGAGAAUAAUAAGCAUAAGUAGAACUAUAUAUAAGUUUAAGUUUGUAUCAUACUUUAUAUUUAGUAUGGUUGUGGGAUGCUUCAAUAUCAAUAAAUAUAUAUGAAAACUAUUUAUCUUGAAAUUAUCUUA